CCCAAACAGCAGGACCCGCGCGAGCGAUGUAACAUGGCGGAGGACGCGUCCUCAGCCGCUUCGAGCCCGCGGGGCCGUGCGGACGGGGAGGAUGCGGACCCCCCGGAGGAGCAGGGGGCGGCCACGGCGAGGGACGAUCAGGAGCAGUUCGAGUGCCAGGAGCUGUUGGAGUGCCAGGUGCAGGUGGGGGCCCCCGAGGAAGAGGAGGACGCCGGCCUGGUGGCCGAGGCCGAGGCGGUGGCGGCCGGCUGGAUGCUCGACUUCCUCUGCCUCUCUCUGUGCCGGGCCUUCCGCGACGGCCGCUCCGAGGACUUCCACCGGACCCGCGACAGCGCCGAGGCUAUUAUUCAUGGACUGUCCAGUUUAACAACUUAUCAGUUGAGAACUAUAUACAUAUGUCAGUUUUUGACAAGAAUUGCAGCAGGAAAAACCCUUGAUGCACAGUUUGAAAGUGAUGAACGAAUUACACCCUUGGAAUCAGCGCUGAUGAUUUGGGCUUCAAUUGAAAAGGAACAGGACAAACUUCAUGAAGAAAUACGGAAUUUAAUUAAAAUUCAGGCUAUAGCUGUUUGUAUGGAAAAUGGCAAUUUUAAGGAAGCAGAAGAAGUCUUUGAAAGAAUAUUUGGUGACCCAGAUUCUUAUACGCCUUUAAAAAGGAAGUUGCUUCUGGUAAUCUCUCAGAAAGAUGCAUUCCAUUCCUUUUUUCAACACUUUAGCUACAACCACAUGAUGGAGAAAAUUAAGAGUUACGUGAAUUAUGUGCUAAAUGAAAAAUCAUCAACCUUUCUAAUGAAGGCAGCAGCAAAAGUAGUGGAAAGUAAAAGAGCAAGAACAACAACUUCUCAAGAUAAACCUAACGAUAACAACAUUGAAAUGGAAACUGAAGCUAAUGUGGAUGUAGAAAAAAGCGUUAGUGACAAACAGCCUGCAGUAACUGAAUCCUCAGGGCAUACAGUAUCCUUAUUGAGGUCUCACAAGAAUCUCCUCUUAUCUAAGUUGAAACGUGGAACCCAACAACAAGAUUUUAAUAAGAAAGAGGAAAGAGCAGGAACUCUUCAAAGUGAAAGCGGUGGAAGAAAGGAAAACAACAGUAGACAAACCACUGCAAGCAAGAGAAGACGUGUUUUAAACAGUCAGCCAGUAACUCCUGAAAAACAUCGAUCUAGAAAAAAACAGGCAUGGCUUUGGGAAGAAGACAAGAAUCUGAGGUCUGGCGUGAGGAAAUAUGGAGAGGGAAACUGGUCUAAAAUACUCUUACAUUAUAAAUUCAACAACCGGACAAGCGUCAUGUUGAAAGACAGAUGGAGGACUAUGAAGAAACUAAAAUUGAUUUGCUCAGACAGUGAAGACUGAAUGUGUUUGUAAAAGCUUGAUAAAAGGAGAGUUAAAUAUUUUGAUCACUGUGUUUUGUUUGAAACUUGGUGGUCAUUGAUGUAUCCUAAAAUUUUUGUUUAAAGCAUUACAGUAUUUUUCUGUAAGUCAUUUAAUUAAUAUGAGGAUUUGUGCCAUAAGUGUAAGAUUAUUUGCCAUCAUUGUUUUCUUGAAGAAUCUUUUUACUAUGAUAAAAUAUAAAUUUGUUGAGCCCUGGUAGUUUCAAUACCCCUAUCCCCAAAUCCUGUUCCAAAAAAAAUGAAAACCUGGUAAGAGAAAAUAUAUAUUUCUGCUAACCUAUUCUGUGUCUGUAGGCUGACUUCAACUCUCUAACACACACAUAAGAGUGAAGUUUCUAAAUCAGUGAAUAAUAAUAUGCCUUUGACUUAAGAAGUGAUGACUUGAUUUAUGGCCUUAACAUAUUAAUUACUAAGACAUUUGUUUAUAGAAUGAUAAAUGUACAAAGUAAUCUUCAAGUUAUACUAUACUCAAAUUUUCCUUUCAGUAGUUUCAUAUAAAGGAAAAAAGUUGAAAAUAGUAAUACGCAUAGGACAAAAUUUAUACUAUUACCAAGAAAAUAGCUUCAUGUCUCAUUUAGGUACAUUUGACUUUUGUGCCAGUGUUAAAACCUUGACAAAGAUGGUUUUAAAUAAAGCUUCUUUAUAACCUAGUGCCAUAAAUAUCAGUUUCUCUGACUAUUUUAUUUAAUAUAUCAAUAUUGGGCCUAAAUGGUAUUCUGUAAAUUGUUAAAUUGGUAUUAACAAUGAUCAUUUUGACAUCUUUGAUAAAUACUAAAUAAGUAAAAUCAUACCUACCUUACUAGACAAUUUUGAGUUUUCACCAAUAUUUUAUUCUUUAGAUGAUUUAGUCAAACACUAAUAGAAUUAUUAUCAUUUCAAGUUACAUGUGCUGUAU